AUGCCCGAAAUAACAUGUCCUUCCUGCGAUAAAAAGCUUGCAUCAAUCACUGGUUAUAGUCAGCAUCUCGCAAAAACCACCAAUCCUGCCUGUCGUACCCUCUACCUUUCCUCACGGCGAUUCGCUCCAGACCCAGCAAAUGAUGUAGAUAUAGACGCACCUGAUCCAAAUCAUCCGCUGCAUUUUGAAGGUGAUUUUUUUGGAACAUACGCUGAGGAUGAGUUUGCAUGGCCAGGGUCAGAUGACGAGGGGGAUGUUGGUCAAGCACCUAUGGAUGAAGAUGACUCAGAUAAUGACAUCAACGAUCACGACGAAUGGGAGCCUCCUGCAGCACCAGCACCCUCAAGUCAUUCUGCGGAGCAUCAUGACACUAACAAUCAUGACGAAUGGGAACCUCCUGUAGUGCCAGCACCUGCGCACAAUGAUGCCUUACACCCACCUACCACAGAUCAAGGCCAAGAUGCUUUUCAUAUGGCGCAGCGGCGACUUCUUGAACACGAACAAGUACCUAUAAUUGUCCAUUACCCUGAUCAACGAGCUGGACAGCCCAUCGACUCAGCCAUCAAGCAGCCAAGCAAUAUAACCUACCAUGCACAGCUUAAUGGCUCGAGUGCAGAUAAUAUUUAUGCCCCAUUCGCCUCGAAGCUUGAUUGGGAGAUGGCUCGAUGGGCAAAAUUACGAGGUUCAAGCUCAACUGCGUUCUCAGAACUUGUUUCUAUUGAAGGUCUUAGCGAAAAGAUUGGUCUUUCCUUCAAGAAUACACGGGAACUGAACAAGAUCAUCGACGAUGAACUUCCAGGCCGUCCGAAAUUCAAACGCGAUCAGAUUGUCGUUGCUAAUGAAGCGUUUGAUGUCUACUAUCGCGAUAUCAUUGAAUGCAUCAAGGCUCUUUUCAGUGAUCCAAGUUUUGCUGACUUUCUGGUCUUUGCGCCUGAACGCCAUUAUGCCGACGAAGAUGAGACGAUUCGUUUAUAUCAUGAGAUGCAUACUGGAAAAUGGUGGUGGAAUAGUCAGAAACACUUAGAUCACGAGCGCCCUGGUGCUACAAUAAUUCCCAUCAUCAUUUCAUCAGACAAGACUCAAGUUACGAUGUUUCGCAACAAGACAGCAUACCCCGUCUACAUGACUAUUGGAAACAUCCCAAAGGAUAUUCGUCGGAAACCGUCACGCCAGGCACAUGUCCUCCUCGCAUACCUUCCAACUACUCGCCUUGAACACGUUACCAACAAAGCUGCUCGCCGACGGAUGCUUGCCAAUUUAUAUCAUGCUUGUGUGGGACGUGUACUUGCACCACUCACAGCUGCCGGCAUCAAUGGCAUUAAUAUGCGAAGUGGUGAUGGAAUAAUGCGUCGAGGCCAUCCUUUGUUUGCAUGUUUUGCAGGAGACUACCCAGAGCAAGUUUUAGCUACCGGAGUCAAGACAACUCAAUGUCCAAAUUGCGAUGUUCCCUCCGACGAGCUUGGUCUAGCAACUGGUGUCGCAAAUUGGCAACCACGAGACCUUGGUGCAGUACUUGAUGCCCUCUGCGCUCUUGACCAAGGUGGAUUGGCCUUUGUGCGUGCAUGCGCAGAUGCUGGCAUUAAGCCUAUUGUCCACCCAUUCUGGGAGGGACUACCCUUUGUCAAUAUAUCGAAUCCAUAA